AUGGCGGCCAACAUUGGUCAGAUUGCACAGCUGCUCAACGCGACCCUUGAUCCCAACGAGCACCGCAAAGCUGAGGCUGCCCUCAAGCAGGAGUCUGUCAAGCCGCAGUACUCCCUGGCCCUCCUCAACAUCGUCAACUCGGACACUCUUCCCUCCAACACGCGCCUGGCCGCCGCGCUUGCUUUCAAGAACUUUAUCCGCUCCGGCUACGUCGAUGAGGAAGGAAAUUACAAGCUUCCUCACGAUGAGGUGGCCUCCAUCAAGGAGCUCCUGAUCGGUCUCAUGAUAGCAUCACCGCCCAGUGUUCAGACCCAGCUCGGAGAAGCCAUCAGCGUCAUUGCAGACUCGGACUUCUGGAGGCGAUGGGACACCCUGACUCAGGAACUCGUCAGCCGAUUCUCCACCACCGACCCCAAGGUCAACGUGGGUGUCCUCGAGGUCGCCCACUCCAUCUUUUCCCGAUGGCGCCCGCUUUUCCGAACCGACGAGCUUUACCUGGAGAUUAACCACGUCAUCGAGACAUUCGGCAAGCCCUUCAUCCAGCUUCUCAUCGCCACCGAUCAAAAAAUCACGGAGAACGCCGGCAAGAAGGAGGCUCUUCGAGGCUGGUUCGAGACUCUCGACCUCCAGGUCAAGAUCCUGUACGACAUGUCAUGCCACGACCUGCCCCCCAUAUUCGACGAUAACCUUGGUAGCAUCUCGGAACUCCUCCACAAGUACCUGACCUACACGAACCAGCUGAUGGAGACGGACGACGAGACGGAAACGAGCAUCGUCGACACGACAAAGGCCGACAUCUGCGAGCUUCUCGAGCUGCUCACCAUAAAGUUUGACGAGGACUUUUCCAAGUACUGCCAGCCGUUCAUCACGAGCGCCUGGAACCUCCUGUCGUCGAUAGGCACCGAGACCAAAUACGACACCAUUGUCAGCAAGGCCCUGCACUUCCUGACGGCUGUCGCGUCGACAAAGGAUCACGCCGAGCUCUUUAACAACGAGGACGUGCUCAAUCAGAUCGUGGAGAAGGUCAUCCUGCCCAACGUCGCGCUGCGCGAGUCUGAUGAGGAGAUGUUUGAGGAUGAGCCCAUCGAGUUCAUCCGCAGGGACCUGGAGGGAUCCGACACCGACUCUAGGCGACGGUCUGCUACCGAUUUCCUCCGCAAGCUGCAGGAGAAGUUCGAGGGCUCCGUCACCACGGUCGUGUCGAGGUACAUCGCCCACUACAUCGCCCAGGGCAAGUCGGAUUGGAAGGCCAAGGAUACGGCCGUCUACCUAUUCUUGUCGGUGGCUGCCAAGGGUUCCGUGACGGCCGCGCAGGGCGUCAAGACUGUCAACCCUCUGGUCAACGUCCUCGACUUCUUUGAGCAGCACAUCGCCGCCGACCUGGUGGCCGCUGAUGCUGCGCACCCCAUCCCCAAGGUGGACGCCAUCAAGUUCCUCUACACCUUCCGCAGCCAGCUCUCCAAGGAGCAGUGGAAGCAGGCGCUCGUCCCCCUCAUCCAGAACCUCAACUCGGACAACUACGUCGUCUACACGUACGCCGCCAUCGCCGUCGAGCGCGUCCUCUUCCUGACCGACGACGCUGGAACUCCCAUGUUCCCCAGGGCCGACAUCGAGCCCUUCGCCAAGGACCUCCUCGAUCACCUGUUCAAGCUGAUCGAGAAGGACACGAGCCCGGCCAAGCUGCAGGAGAACGAGUUCCUGAUGCGCUGCGUCAUGAGGAUACUCAUCGUCAUCAAGGAUGGUGCCGUGCCCAUACUAGACAAUGUCCUGACGCACCUCAUCCUCAUCACCAACGUCAUGAAGCAGAACCCCAGCAACCCCCGUUUCUACUACUACCACUUCGAGGCCAUCGGUGCUCUUGUGCGCUACUGCAGUGUCAGCAGCGCCGCCGCCAUCCACCAGAAGGUCUGGGACUCGUUCUACAAGAUUCUUGUCGAGGACGUUACCGAGUUCAUGCAGUACGUCUUCCAGAUACUGGCUCAGCUUCUCGAGUCGGGCCCCUCGGAUACCAUCUCGGACAGCUACAGGUCCCUUCUCGCCCCUCUAUUAGCCCCUACGCUGUGGGAGACGCGCGGCAACGUGCCUGCCUGCACCCGCCUGCUGUCGGCCGUCAUCCCCAAGGUGGCUGGCGCCAUCGUUUCCGAGAACCAGCUGGAGCCCGUCCUGGGUAUCUUCCAGAAGCUGCUGAGCGGAAAGAAGUCGGAGCUGCACGCCUUUGACGUCCUGGACUCGCUCGUCAAGGGUGUGGAACCAUCGGCUCUCGAGAAGUAUUUUGGAACAGUGCUACAGCUCAUCUACACGAAGCUGCAGGGCUCGCCGGCGGACUCGCUCAAGCUCCGGUUCGCCCGCUUCUUCCACCUGGUGAGCGCCAAGCUCGAGGCCGGCUACGGCGCCGACUUCUUCAUCAGGCAGUCGGACCAGGUGGACGAGCGGGCCUUUUCGCAGGUGUACCCUGCAUUCGUGCUCGCCGAGACGCCCAAGCUGGCGCGCCCGGUGGACCGCAAGGUGGCGGUGGUGUCGCUGACCAAGACUCUGUGCGACUCUCAGGUGUUUGCGCAGAAGUUCCAGAAGGGCUGGGCCAACAGCUGCCGCAACCUGCUCGCGCUGCUGGCCAACCCGCCGACGGUGGUUGCCGGGACGGGCGACGACAUCAUCGCCGAGGCCGACGUCGACGACAUCGGCUUCGGCAUGUCCUUUACGGCGCUCAACACGUGCAGACCCCUCGCGCGUGACGAGUUCCCCGAUGUGGUCAACGUGACGACGUGGGUCAAGGAGUACAUGGUGGCUGCCAACCAGAAGCACGGAGGUGCCGUUGCCGGAUUCAUCGGACAGAGGUUGGGUCCGGAGGAGCAGCAGGCUAUUGCCCAGUACAUAAAUUAG